GGCUUUGCGGCUACGCCACGGCGGCGGGGUCUUUUGACGCCGCUGCCGAAGACCUUGCAGAGGGCGCGGCUACUGCGAGGCCAGUCGAAGACCAGCCGCAUGCAGCCUGCUGCAAUCGCGGACAGCCAGAGCUGGCUAGACCAGAGCUUAAUGCCAGAAACCCGAUCUACGUGGCAGGAUAGUUUGAUGUUCCGCUCCUCCAUGGACUGGGGCUGGAUGUCCACUCAGCGGGACAACCUCGCGGAGUCCACGGUGUUUGAGGAAGAGGUCUCCUUCACACUCCUUCAGCAGCAUCUGGGGCGGCCGCCUUGCCAUAAUUGCAUUGCCAUGGUCUACGACAGGGACCUUGAGAGAGAAAGAGACCAGGCCGAGCAGGAGUUGCCUCCGCAGUUGAAGCCAAAGGUGCAAGAGCUGCUGGGCGAUAUCCGCGCGUUUCAGUACCCAAGACGGAGGAACAUCCAGCACGAGAUCAGAGAGAAGGAGAUUCGACCCCCGCCGCGGCAGACUCCCCCGCCAAGGACUCCUCGCAUGCUCGUGGAGGAGCUCUCUUCACAUGAUCCGAGCUGGAUGGAACAAAGUGUCUCAUCAUCCCUCACCAAGAGGGAUCUGUAG